AUGUUUAACUGGCCGAGGUUCUUCGGCUUCAGAGGCCGUUCUCUGAACUUGGCUAUCAGUUCUCUUGGUAGUCUUGAUUUCCUGCUUUUCGGUUAUGACCAGGGUGUGACUGGCGGUAUCCUUGACCUGCCGUCCUUCAUCAAGUACUUCCCAGAUAUCAACCCCGACGACCCGGCUAUUGCGGGCAAUUCAAGCCUCAUCUCUACGCGCAGUACCAACAAAGGAAUCGCCGUCGCAGCAUACAAUUUAGGAUGUUUUUUCGGCGCUAUCUUGACUAUCUUUAUCGGUAACCCCCUCGGUCGACGAAAGACUAUCUUCUGCGGUUGUGUCACGAUGGCUACUGGGGCGCUGUUGCAAUCAACCUCAUAUGAUCUCCCACAAUUUAUCAUUGGUCGAAUUGUCACCGGCGUUGGAAACGGCAUGAAUACAAGUACUGUUCCGACAUGGCAGUCCGAGUCAUCAAAGGCCCACGAUCGUGGAAAGAUGGUGAUGAUUGAGGGUGCCCUUAUUACUGGUGGCAUUACCCUCAGUUACUGGAUCAACUACGGCAUGUCGUUCAUUGGAGAAAAGGAAGUCGCUUGGCGGUUCCCACUUGCGUUCCAAAUUCUCUUUGCCGUCAUUAUCUUUAUCUCCAUCAUGAAUCUUCCAGAGUCACCACGUUGGCUUGUUAUGGAAGGUCGAGAUGACGAGGCGCUGGAGAUCCUCGAGGCUCUCAACGAAAAAGAUCGCGACGACCCUUUUAUCAGAAACGAACUCAUUGCUAUCAAAGAAACCGUCAAGGAAAUGAAUAAGGGCUCUUUUAGAAGUCUGUUCAAGAUGAGCGAAUACCGAGAGUUUCAUCGUGUCGCACUCGCCUACGUCAACCAGAUGUUCCAGCAGAUCUCUGGAAUCAAUCUCAUCACCUACUAUGCUCCUGAUCUCUAUGCCCAAAUUGGUCUGGGCGGUACUAGCCUUCCGAAGCUACUGGCCGCCUGCAACGGUACCGAAUAUUUCAUGGCUUCCUUUAUUCCCAUUUACAUUAUUGAAAAGGCUGGACGUCGUCCUCUGAUGCUUAUCGGAGCUGCUGGCAUGUCGAUUUCAAUGGCUAUUCUUGCAGGCUGCAACUACCGCUUGACACAUCUCGACGAUAAGCGGGCCGGAAUUGGACAGGCGAUUUUCCUCUUCGUCUUCAACACCUUCUUCGCUAUCGGUUGGCUUGGAAUGACCUGGCUGUAUCCCGCUGAGAUUGUGCCCCUGCGAAUCCGUGCCCCGACCAAUGCGUUGGCUACUAGUGCCAAUUGGAUCUUCAACUUCAUGGUCGUCAUGAUUACCCCAGUUGCGUUCGACAGUAUUGGAUAUAAGACCUAUGUUAUUUUCGCCGUUAUCAACGCAUUCAUGUUCCCUUGUGUCUACUUCUUCUUCCCUGAGACUCGCUAUCGUUCCCUGGAAGAAAUGGAUGCCAUCUUCAAGAAGUCCUCAAACAUCUUCGACUGCGUUAGCAUUUCCAUUCAUGAGCCAUACCGCUACGACAAGCACGGAAACCUCAAACCGGAAUAUCUUGAGGAAGCUAUCCGACGUCAAAGCGCUACGGUUCACGUUGCUGGUGAGAAGUUUGACAGUGAUGAGAGCUAA